AGUGGUUAUUCAAUGUUCACCUCCGUUUUAUUCGACGAUAUCAACAAGGACGCGUUCGAUGUGUUGAAGGAUGGUUACUGCUUUGACCAGAAGGCUACCUUGAAGUAUUCUCGCUGCGGAUGCAAUAUGUCUCUUGAGGGAAAGAACCUGACCUCUGCCCUGACUGGCAAGAUCUCGGUCGAUUUCAAGCCCCACAAGUACCUGAAUAUAAAGAAGAUGUCUUUGGAGAACGAUGGAAAUGCUGUUUGUGAUGUGGACAUGCCCAACCUGGUUAAGGGCACGACCUUGAUGCUCCGAACGCAGGCGGACGCCAGCACCUACGCAUUGAAGAAGAUGACUUGCGGCAUGAAGUACCUGUCGAACAGCUUCGCGAUGGACUUCAACUACGAUCUUCUUGCGAAGAAGAUGUCGACGAGCGGCGUGUUCGCGCGAAGCAGCAUGAUGGCUGGAGCGAAGCUGACUCGCACCAAGGAGGGAGAGAACAAUAUAGAUCUGGCGGCUGCCUGCAUGUGCCGCAAGGUGGUGCUGUCGGUGGCGUCGUACAGCAACUUCAGUGGUGUGAACAUGGCGCUGUACACGAAGUGCCGCAAGAACGUGAAGCUGGGAGCCACCUGCAAGCUGCCGCUCGACGUGAUGAAGCCGCAGCUGGCGUUCGGAGUGUGGAUCCAGCCCUCGGCGACGAGCGAGUUCCGCACGAAGGUGGAUGCGGAGGGAAGACUGGCGGUGUUCUACAAGACGCAGCUGGCCAAGAACGUGGCCGUCUCCGCGACGGGAUCUACGGACUUCCAUGAUAUGGUCAAGGGAAACCACAAAGUCGGCAUUGCGAUGGAGGUUCGUCUGUAACGGUUUUU